GGCGGAGGGGAGGCCGGCAUAUAGCGUCGCGACGCACGGCGUCCGACUUAGUCUCUGGUCGGCGUCAUCGUUCAAAAGUCGCUGUCCCCUUCGCCGGAGUUAUUAGCCUGUGUCGCGCGGUGGUCGAGUCGAUCGGAUCGUCGGAAGACAGUCGAACAGGAUGCCGGCGCGCAACAAGGAACAGGAAACCGAGGUGAUGGCCUGGAUCGAGGCUGUCCUCGGCGAGAAGCUUCCGCCUGGCAACUACGAGGACAUACUGAAGGAUGGUGUCGUCCUGUGCAAACUCAUCAACAAACUCGCACCAGGAUCGGUGAAGAAGAUCCAGGAAAGAGGAACCAACUUCCAGCUGAUGGAAAAUAUUCAGAGAUUCCAAGCGGCCAUCAAGAACUACGGAGUCCCACAGGAAGAGAUCUUCCAGACGGCUGACCUCUUCGAGAGACGCAACAUCCCACAAGUUACACUGUGUCUUUAUGCUCUUGGCAGGAUUACGCAGAAACACCCUGAGUACAACGGGCCAGGCUUAGGACCGAAGAUGGCCGAAGAAAACAAGCGAACGUUCACCGAGGAUCAGCUUCGGGCGAGCGAGGGCCAACUGAAUUUGCAAAUGGGCUUCAAUAAAGGCGCCAGCCAAGCUGGCCACGGUGGAUUCGGUAACACUAGACACAUGUAAACAUUUCCCUCGACAACGACGGUCGUUCUAGGUAGACUGUGGAUUUUAUGCGUUCGAGGACCGCAAUGUAUUGUUUCUUCAAUAGAAUGAUUCUAAAGAACUACAGAAAAACUUGAGUGUCAUCAACACUAAAACUACCAGACGUGUCAAAUGACUGAUGUCUUCUUGUUGCAAUUAUUAUAACAAAUUUCUCUGAGAAAUUAUUAAAGAAACUCAUGUAGCAAAUUGAAUUGUAAAUCAAAGUCUGAACAGAUGCACUGAGUUUCUAUAAAAUUUCAAAAGUCAAUUGAACUGCUCGGUAGUUUUAGUGUCAAUCUUUACAGAGAAAUCUAUGUUCAGUGUUAACAGUAUCUCUAAUUACUGGUCCAUUGAUGAGUGAAUAAUUAGGGAAGAUUGGUCCGUCGAUUAAUCUAUAAUUGCACAGAGAUCCGCAGUCUAGUUGUUCAGCAAACUACUCAACACAGUAACUGUAAUAUUAUUGUAAAAUUAUUUAUUUCCUCUGUACGAGCAACUGCGAGAUUCUAUGUAUACACAGUACACGUUCACAUUGUCUACACUACUCACACACACAUACACUCAAGCACACGUACAGACACGUACAAUGAUCACACACGACUCGCACACUAUUAUAAUUACACUCGAAUAUUAUUUAUACAACCGAGCACCGAUGUCUCUCAAGGUAUGCUUAGAUACAAGAUGAAUCUUUCAACUCGCGUGACAUUUUAUAAUCAAUUGAGACAUCAGACAAACGCGAGGUGCCAACGAUGCAUUUGUCAUCUCGCAGAGAAUCUCGCGGUUCCUCUGAUCUUAACACUGCGUACCGCUAACGUUUUUAUAAAGACACUCAGCUAUUCAACUUCGCUAAUUGCAGCAUCGAAAAGAAUAUAAAAUCUCAUUCGAAUCGAUUGUCUAUUUAAAAUACAUUACAUAUCUGAGUUUCUCUAUGUAUAGCGACCCAAGUUGACCUCAGUGAAAAUUGCCAUCUUCAGUUCUCUGAAAAUUAGCCGGAACGCGUUAACGCUAAAACUAAGACGGCUCAAACGACCCAUGCCCGAUGUCUUCUUGCAAUUAUCAGAAAGGUAGCAAACGUUUCUCUGAGAAAUUAUCAAAGAAAUUCAUUCGGCACUGCGCAGAUUGAAUUGCAAAUCGAAGUCUGAACAGACGCGCUCUUGGAGUUCCUAUAAAAUUUUCAAAAGUCAAUUGAACCGCUCGGUAGUUUCAGCGUCGACUCUCCGCGGAACAGUUGCGAUUCUCUACGAUUCGGAAGAGCAACGAAUGGAAGGAAACGAGAGUAGAACAUUGCCAAAGCGAAGCGAGGAGAAUCGGUGGAAACGUGUCUCCUCGCUCAGCAAUUUCAAUAAGAAAAUAACGCAACGAUAUUCGCGAUCGUCGUGGAUAUUUAUUAGGACUAACGUGCGUUACAAAUAUAUUUUACUCUGUAUUCUGUAUCCCACGCGUUCGUGUUCGUCGCGAACGCAUCGAGUCCACCGUCUACCGGUCAACAUAUACAUAACUGUACGGAAUAAAGAGGCAGCGCUGCUAUUUUCUAUUAA